AUGAAACCAAAAAAUGAGAUAAUUUAACUGUAAAAUGGUAAAAGAGAUCGUGCAUGCGAUUCUCUCAUCAAACUUUGCUAAGACAGUCUGGUGCAAAGAAAAAUCAUAUGCAAUCCAAACAAAAUUCAGAAAGAGACAUGGAAUUUGGAUACACAAAGCAAAAAAUGAACAAUCUAGUGAAUCUAUGGACAAUGCUCAAGCACACCAGAUUAAAAUAAAUCCGAAAAAAAGUGUUCUUAACUUUAAAAUGCCUAUUUUAGUUUCAUUCCUAAUAUUCUACGUAUGUUUAUUUAAUGUGAUAAUUAAGUGUGAUGUUAGUGCUAAUAAUUAUAAUGUAAAAACAUCUAAAGACAAACUAAGUCAGUAUAAAAUAAACAAUUUAAAUGGAGAUGUCGCAAAAGUUUGGCGUCGUAACUUAGACAACAAGUUAGUCGGGAAGAAUCUCGUUAAGAGUACGACAUCAGCGCAAGAUGCAGAUGAUGAGGAAAAAUCUGAGAAAUACUCCAUGCCUGAUGUAUUUGAGUUGAAUAAAUAUUAUACAUAUUACAAGAGCAAGGAAAAUACUACAAAUGACACGGAGACAGUGCAAAUAGUAAAGGAAAGUUAUGACGAAUCACGGGCAGUAGGCUAUCCUCACGAUUUAGCAAAUAAUCACUACUAUGUCAAAAGAACAAAUUAUAAUCUUCGACCCGAAACUCAUCUAUUCCAUGAAAAAAUACUGAAGCUAGGAGUUUUACUGCCUACAGAUCCAACUGAAGUGUUUUCCUUGGCUAAAGUUUUACCGAUAGUAGAAAUGGCGAUACCCGCUAUGACGAAAUCUGACGGACCUUUGCCGGGAUGGAAAAUUCUUGUAGACUAUAGAGAUACAAGAUGUUCAUCGGUGUAUGGACCACUUGCUGCAUUCGAAUUUUACGUCAAUGGUUCAGCUGAUGCAUUCAUCGGGCCUGGUUGUGAAUAUGUAAUUGCCCCUGUAGCAAGAUAUGCUGGUCUAUGGGGUAUACCUGUUAUAACAGCUGGUGCUCAGGCCGAAGCUUUUGGUUACAAGCAACCAAGUUACAUGACGUUAACAAGAAUGAUGGGCAGCUACACUCAAGCAGGAGUCGCUAUUAGGAAAAUUUUUGAGGAGUUUAAUUGGCGCAAGCUUGGUAUGCUUUACCACAACUAUGCUCCAUCCAGCGGCAAAGGGAACAGUCCUUGCUUCAUGACUCUCAGUGCAGUCUUCACUGUCCUCCAGAAGAAGGGCACCGGCAACAUCCCGAAUAUCCCCUUUGACGAGACUCUUAUAACAACUGCAAAAAUAAAAGAGCUUCUCGAAAAACUUUCUCGUAGCACAAGAAUUGUGGUAGUUUGCGCUAAUCCAAGUACGGUGCGUGAGAUCAUGCUGGCUGCUGAUGAUCUCAACAUGGUCUCCUCUGGAGAAUACGUGUUCUUCAACAUUGAGUUAUUUUCUAACCUAGCAUCAGCAUCAUCCAAAGAACCCUGGAAGGUGGAGGGUGACACAGAAGAGCGGAAUGAGAGAGCGAGACGGGCGUAUAGUGCCGUUCUUACUGUCACGAGUCCAGCCCCGGAGAAAAAAGAAUAUUUGGACUUCUCUGAUCGGGUCAAAGAACUAGCGGAAACUAAAUACAAUUACACUUUCGGCAAGGGCGAGGUCGUAUCUACAUUUGUGGCAGCAUUCUACGAUGCUGUGCUCCUUUACGCCCUGGCGCUGAACGAUACAUUGCGGCAGGCGAGCGACCCGAAAGGGCAGCUGGAUGGAGCUAUGGUUAUAAAGAACAUGUGGAACAGAACUUUCCAAGGCAUCACGGGCGAAGUGAUAAUAAACGAAAAUGGCGACCGCGUGGCGUCUUACUCUCUUCUAGACAUGAACCCUACUACCAGCAAAUUUGAGGUGGUUGCAACGUACGUAGCGGCUAACUCUUCACUUCAGUUCGUGGAGAACCGCCCUAUCCACUGGGCGGGCGGGCGGUCUACCCACCCACCUGAUACCCCCACAUGUGGCUUUGAUGGCUCCCUCUGUCCUGAUAACUCUCUGCCUGUGUACGCCAUUUUGAGUAUCGUGCUGAGUUCAGUCGUCGUCCUACUGGCUACGCUGUCUGUAUUUAUUUACAGGCAUUACAAACUGGAGGCGGAGAUUGCCAUGAUGACGUGGCGGGUUGGCUGGAGCGAUGUGCUGUUGCCAGGAGGACGUCUCCGCGGCAGCUUGCAUUCGCUGGCUCGAAGGUACAGCUCAGGGACGGCGUACUCCGACGAAGCCACUUCCCUCGCGGGCGACCGUCAAGUAUAUGCCCCGUGUGGCUUCUACAAAGGCUGUCGCGUCGCCAUCAAGAAGGUUGAUAAACAGAGGGUUGAUCUGACAAGACCCCUCCUUCUAGAACUGAAGAAGAUGAAGGAUUUGGAGCAUGAUCACUUAGCGAGGUUCUAUGGGGCCUGCGUCGAUCCUCCCCAUUGCUGUCUGCUGACUGAGUACUGCCCCAAAGGGUCUCUACAGGAUAUUUUGGAAAAUGACACAAUUAAAUUGGAUUGGAUGUUCAAAGUUAGCUUGAUGCAUGACAUUGUGAAGGGAAUGCACUACUUGCAUAGCAGCGACAUCAAAUCCCAUGGGGCACUGAAAUCUAGCAACUGCGUAGUGGAUUCGCGCUUCGUACUAAAAAUAACUGACUUCGGCCUCAACGCCCUGAGGACUUCGGAAAAAGAUGCUAAGGCUCACAGUUAUUGGACUCGUAUACUAUGGACAGCACCGGAACUACUGAGAAUGGCAGAACCGCCUCCUGAAGGGACUCAAAAAGGUGACGUGUACUCCUUUGGCAUCAUCAUGCACGAGAUAGUCAACAGGCAAGGAGCCUUCUGGCUUGGACCCGGAAUUGACUUGUCACCUAAAGAAAUAAUAGACGCAGUCAUCGGCAGUUGCCUACGACCAAACACCACGUACAAUCGAUCCUGUGAAGCUGACGACGCAGCUGAACUGAUGCGUCGGUGCUGGGCAGAAGAUCCAACAGAAAGACCCGACUUCGGUCACCUCAAAGGCGCUAUACGUCGCCUCAACAAAACUCAAGAAAGUAGCAAUAUUUUGGAUAAUUUACUUUCCCGCAUGGAACAAUAUGCUAAUAAUUUGGAAUCGUUAGUUAGCGAGCGUACUCAAGAUUACCUUGAGGAAAAGAAGAAAUGUGAGGAGUUAUUAUACCAGCUAUUGCCAAAGUGUGUUGCAUCUCAAUUAAUCAAUGGUCAGUCGGUUGUUGCUGAAACGUUUGAACAAGUCACUAUCUAUUUCUCUGAUAUCGUUGGCUUCACUGCUCUCUCCGCAACAUCUACUCCAAUGCAAGUUGUCGACCUUCUCAACGAUCUGUACACCUGUUUCGAUUCCAUUGUUGAAAAUUACGAUGUUUAUAAGGUGGAAACGAUUGGGGACGCUUACAUGGUAGUCUCAGGUUUGCCAGAGCGCAAUGGCACGCGGCAUGCCUGUGAAGUGGCUCGAAUGGCACUGGCUUUGUUAGAAGCUGUUCGUCGGUUCAAGAUCAGACAUAGACCGCAUGACCAGCUGAAGCUGCGGAUUGGAUUACACUCAGGUCCAUGUGUUGCUGGUGUCGUUGGACUAAAAAUGCCACGAUAUUGCCUGUUUGGGGAUACAGUCAAUACAGCUUCCAGGAUGGAAUCUAAUGGAGAAGCACUAAGAAUACACGUUUCUCCGACGACAAAGGCAUUGUUGGAUACGUUCGGAACAUUCAAACUAGAAUGUCGUGGGGAAGUAGCUAUGAAGGGUAAAGGAGUUCUAGUCACUUAUUGGUUGUUAGGAGAAAUCAUAGAUCCGAAUGCGCCUAAAGAAAAAGCUCCACUAGCUAAAUUACAAAACCAAUCGAAAAACAGCGGCUCGUUAUCCCAUCUAACCCCAUUUAGGCAAAGAUUGGAUAAUGGUUCACGAUCUUCCAGCAGACGAGGAUCAGGGGUAAUUUUUCAAAAACCAACAGAUGUAGCAAUAUUGGAGAAAGAAGCUCAACCAAUUUUGCAACUCAUCAAGAUGCAGAGACAGCAUUCAGAUCCAACAGAACCUGUGACAAAUGGGGUAACAGAUGUUGAAGAAUUCGACAAAGAUAGCGUAUCGAAUACAAUAUCGCUAAAUGUUAACUCUCUGAAUCAUAACAAUGUGAUCCAGUCCGGACAACCUAAAGUCAAACUUAAGGAUUGCCAGAUGAAUUCUAUUGGAAAUCACAAAGCGAAUAAGAUAGGUAAUAAUAAUUGGAUACCUAAGUUACCGACUGCUAGUUCCUUUGAUAACGGCUCUAGGAAAGUAAGCGAGUGUCUCAAAGACUAUAGUAGUGUACCAUUAUUGUCGAAAGCUGAUAAACCAAAUGAUUCAAUUGUUUAAAGUAUUAGAUGAAAUUUGUUCUUAAUGUUUAUUAAAUAAGUACCACUUCACAAUAUAGCACACCCAAAAAUAAUGGUAUUGCCUAAGUAUCGAGUUUGUGCAUUUUGGAAUUAUUUAAUUAAAAAUAAAAAUACCCUUAAGACUCAACAAAGAAUUUAUUCUGUUAUUAUGUACAUCCUACUUGUUUUAAAGUGAGUUUUGUUUAACUUUAUGGGUAUUGAGAAUAGUUAGUGUACCUUUUAGAGUAAUCUAAUAUUGUACCACAUUUUACUUCUUUUUGUAAAUCACUGUUUCAAGAAUGUUAAAUAAAAAUAUUAGAUACUAAAUAAAUGUUGUAUUUGA